CUCAACCACACUGUGGACUGGUUCAUGUGUGCCACUUGUACCUGACCUGCGCGCUGAGCUGAGCUUUACCUCACAAAAUUCUAGACCCUUCAUUCAUAUCCUAUCCUCUUCCCACGUGGCCCCUCCCAAUUCCCCCACAGAUAUUUCAGCCCCCUUCUUCCUCCUUAAAUACCCACCCACCCUCCUCACUCCCAUCAAUUGCAAACCCUAAAACCCAAAUCAAUCUUAUCAUCUCUAUCUCUCUCUCUCUCUCUUCCGUCAAUGGCAUCCAUGGCUUCUACUCUCAUCUCCUCCCCCCUUACCACCAAGCUCCAAAAGCCCUCUCUCCUCGACUCCUCCUUCCAUGGCACUUCCGUGGUCCGCCUUCAGCCCGCCAAGGCCGCCACCAACUCCAACAACCAUGGCCUCUCUGUUUCCAUGUCCGCCAACGGCUCGACGCCGUCGUACGACCUCAGCGCCUUCAAGUUCGACCCCAUCAAGGAGUCCAUCGUCUCCAGGGAGAUGACCAGGCGCUACAUGACCGAUAUGAUCACCUACGCCGACACCGACGUCGUCGUAGUCGGCGCCGGAUCCGCCGGGCUCUCCUGCGCCUACGAGCUCAGCAAGAACCCCAACGUUCAGGUCGCCAUUAUCGAGCAGUCCGUCAGCCCCGGCGGUGGUGCGUGGCUCGGUGGCCAGCUCUUCUCCGCCAUGGUUGUGCGUAAACCAGCUCACCUUUUCCUAAAUGAGCUCGGCAUUGCCUACGAUGAGAAAGACCACUAUGUUGUCAUCAAGCACGCGGCCCUAUUCACCUCCACUAUCAUGAGCAAGCUCCUUGCUCGGCCUAACGUGAAGCUCUUCAACGCUGUGGCUGCUGAGGACCUGAUCGUUAAGGGAGGAAGAGUUGGUGGUGUGGUCACCAACUGGGCAUUGGUCUCGAUGAAUCAUGACACACAGUCUUGCAUGGACCCUAAUGUCAUGGAGGCCAAGGUAGUUGUGAGCUCCUGUGGUCACGACGGGCCCAUGGGAGCCACUGGGGUCAAGAGGUUGCGAAGCAUUGGGAUGAUCGAGAGCGUGCCCGGGAUGAAGGCCUUGGACAUGAACACGGCUGAAGAUGCCAUCGUGAAGCUGACUAGGGAGAUUGUGCCUGGAAUGAUCGUUACAGGCAUGGAAGUUGCUGAGAUAGAUGGAUCUCCAAGAAUGGGGCCUACUUUUGGAGCCAUGAUGAUAUCAGGGCAAAAGGCAGCCCACUUGGCAUUGAAGUCACUAGGGCUUCCCAAUGCUUUGGAUGGAUCAUAUGUGGGAAGCAUUCAACCAGAGCUGAUCUUGGCUGCCGCGGAUUCUGCUGAGAUUGCAGAGGCUUAAAAAUGAGGUGAAGAAAAAAAAAACCAAGCCGGAAAUAAUAGUGGUUAGGAGUGAGUUUAUGGUGGUCGGUAAGUGAUGGUGUUGAUAUUUGAUGUUGGCAAUGUGAACUGAGUUUUGUUAAUAAUGUGGCAGUAUCUGUAAUUGUUUUGCUAAGGCUUUGUUGGAAAUGGAAAUGGGAGCAUCACUUGCUUCCUAUUAUAUUCUAUGCU